AUGGAGGCCGGCCCGGGUCUCCCCUCAUCGGCCCUGCUCUCGUGCUGGGCUUCGCUGCUGACGCCCGGCUCACCUCGCCGCUCGCGACAGCCCGGCACCCGCACCCGAUCGGCCCGCGGCACAACCACCACUACGCCCACCAGAAAAGGCGGUGCUCGUCGACGAUCCCAGGACGAUGGCCCUUCCAACAGCGAGUCGUCUUCAUCAUCGUCUUCUUCUUCCUCUUCGUCUUCCUCUGAAGACGAGAUGGACCACAAGGUUUGCGUGGUGUGCAAGGGACCCCACGAUGAGGAACAGCUGCUGCUGUGCGACGAUUGCGAUGACGGCUACCACACCUUCUGCCUCGACCCACCCCUCAAGAAGAUCCCCUCGGGCGAUUGGUUCUGCCCGAGCUGUGCCGAAAAGGAGCGGAAACCGAAGUCGAAGUCGAAGUCCAAGGCAACGACGACCACGGCAAAGAAGUCUGCGAGCCACGCCUCCAACGGCAGCAAGCGUGCUGCCAAGAAGAAGACCAAAGACGAUGACGAUAGCGAGUCGAGCGAGGAGGAGGAAGAGGAGGUGGAGGAUACCAAGCAGAAGUCGAACAAAAAGAUCAACGGUAAGAAGGUGAAGGCGAAGGCGGAGGUGAAAGAGGAAAGCGAGGAGGCGGAGGAGGAGGAAGAAGAAGGCGAAGACGAGGAGGAAGAAGACGAAGAGGAAGUAAAGCCAUCACCCAAGGGCGAGAAAAAGGCCAAGCCGAAGGCAAAGAAGGGCAAGGCGCCGUCCAAGAAGCCGACGAAGAAGGAAAAAGUAGACGAGGAGGAAGAUGACGAUGACGACGACGCGAUGGACGAGGAAGAGAAGAAAGGAGAGGAGGAGGAGGUCGAUAGCAGCGAACAGGAAGAACGCAACAGCAGAAAGAAGAAGGAAAAGAAGAAGCAAGGAGCCAAGGAGCAGCCCAAAAAGGAGGAAAGCGAUGACGAUGGAAAAGAGAAGAAGGAGAAGAAGAAGAAGGAGAAGAAGGAGUCCGACGACGGUGACGAAGAGGAGGAAGACGAGGAAAAGAGCGCCACGAAGAAGAAGAGGAGGACGGCGGGCGACAAGCGGGAGGCGGAGAAGCAGCAGAGCCGGAGGGCCAGUGUGCGCACCAGGAGCAAGGCGCACCACGAAAAAGAGGAGGCCGCCGCCAAGAAGAAGGAGAAGAAGUCCCCUUCUGCCGUGAGCAGCAGCAGCAGCGGGAAGAAGAAGCGGAAGAGGUCGCCACCUCCGCCCUCGGCCCGGGAGAAACGGAAGAUGGAACGCGACAAACGCAAGAAGCGGGCACGAGAGGCCGCAAAGAGCGAAGAAGAGGAAGACGAAGAGGAAGAAGAGGAAAGCGAACACGCGUCUUCUCAGGAAGAGGAGGAGGAGGAGGACGAUGCCGAAGAAGAGGAGGACGCAGAGGUGAACAAGAAGAAGGCCGAGAAGAAGAAGAAGAAGAAGGCCGCCAGCAAGCGACAGUCCACGAGGGGAUCGAGAAGGAGCUCGCGGAGCCGACGGUCGGCAGAUACGCCCGAAGACGACGGAGACUGGGAGGCGCAGGAGAGCGAGGACGAAGAGGAGGAAGACGACGACGAGGUGGACGCCUCGAGUAGCGACGAGGACGCAUCCGCCAAGCCGCGAAGCAAAUCCUCUUCUUCAUCGUCGUCGUCAUCGUCCAAGUCGAACGGCCGGAAGGACGCCUCGACGGCGGCCAAGGAGAAGAAGGACAGCCCAGCGAACGGAAACGAUGACAUGGACGAGGAGGAGGAAGACGACGACGGGGAGAAGGGAGUGGUGGCGAAUGGCGGAGCGUCGAGGAAGCGGAAGCGGCAGCAGACCGUCGCGACCACGACCACAGCCACGAAUGGCGGCGGAGAGUCGCUCUCCAAGCGCCGCGUGGGCGGGCUGGGCACGGGGGCUGCAGCGCCCAGGCGGCUCAACAAGAGCCUCCGCCGCAGCGAGCGCAACCGCAAGCGGCGCGAGCGCCAGGAGCGCAGGGCUCGGGGCGAAGUGUCCGAAGACGAGGAAGAGGAGGAGAGCGACAACGAGGAGGACGAGAUGUUGCAGCACCUCAAGUGCGAGUGCUGCGGACGAGGGGACGACGGCAACAAGCUGCUGCUGUGUGACGGCGAGGGCUGCAACAAGGGCUACCACAUCUUCUGCAUCUUCCCACCGCUCGACGAGAUCCCCGAGGACGACUGGUUCUGCGAUCAGUGCGAGCUCAUCCGCAACAAUCCCUUCCCCACGCUCCCCGAAGGAACGCUGACGGGCACGGGCGAGGAGAACGUGCUGGGCAGUCCGGUUCCGCAGGGAGGCGAACAGCUCAGCACUCCCACGAUGCAGGACUGGAUGGAGAACAUGAGUUUCACGGUCAAGCCUGCCAACGACCGCGACAACGCACUCGACUUUAAGCUGCGGAGCGAUGACAUGGCGCUGGACUUUGCCAAGGCCGGCACGCCCACCCCGGGCGGUCGCACGUCGCCCAACUCGCUGAACGACUUUGAUUCGUCGAAUUUCAACGCCACGAACUCGCUGGCCUCGCGCACCAGCACACGCAUCGACGACACCAAGACCGUCAUCCUCUGGCGAGGCGGCCUCACAUUCGACGGCGCCAACAUGGGCGACUUCACCAUCUCCUUCCGCGGCGUUCCUGCUCAUGCCGACGAGUGCAAGAAGAUCGUGCGCGAGUGGGGCGACCGGGUGAGCCUGUUGGCCGGUAAGAAGGGCACCUCCCUGCCGCUCGUAUCGACCGACUCGCACGCGGUCACCGUCCUGCCCGGCUCCAACAAGGCCGCCUACGAACGCUUCGCCGCCCAACUCGAAGAGAACAACUGGGUGUGCAUGAUAUCGUAUCCGCGAAGCGAUCUCUGUAUCUACCCGACCGCCAUGCGGCCAGCGCCCGACGGAUCGGCGGCGAGUAGCCGCCUCUCGGGCCUGCUCAUCCCCAAGACCAAGGCCUCCGUCGCCGCAGCGGUGGGCGCCGCGACCGCGCAAAAGCUCGCCGCGCCACCGGGCAGCGGUUCCCCGCGCAUCCAAGAGCCGGCCUUCAUGCCAGGCAUCCGCUACGCGCUCCUGGGGUAUCCACCAGCCAACGCACAAACUCCCGCAGGGGCGAACACCCCCGAGCAGCGGAGGAUCAGCGGCGUGGUGGGCUACCUCGCCCGACCCGGCGGCGCUCACUACGUCAACGAAAAGGAUCUCAACCACGCCAACACCGACCUCAUCAUCGUCCAUCCGAAUCAUCUGCAUCGAUUGGCCAGUCUCGUGCCGGGCAUGCUCGAAUGCCGCCUCAACCCGGCCAUCGUGUUCGUGCGGGGCAUCGACUACCUGGAGAACUGCUGCAAGCGCCAGGCCCUGCUGACCCCGCAUCCGAGCGAUGUCAUCUACCCCUCGGGCGGCAUCAUCGUCCUCUUGGCCGAUGACAUCCUCAGCGGGACCACCACGCUCGCCACCGUUCUCGCCCUGAUCGCGCAGGAGGGAAAGGAGCGACGGGAGUGGAUAGUCAAGAUCCAGCCCGAAGACAUCACGCGGCUCCAGGAGAUGAAGAACACGUCGCCACUCGCCAGUGCCGCUCUUCAGCUGAUGCAGCAACGACCGGAGAUCUUCUCGGCGUUUGCCGAAAAUGAGACAUCGCAGAGUAAGUCGGUGGACAUCCCCUCGGUCGUGCGAUCGGCGCUCAAGUUGUCCCUCGUUCACAUCGCCAAGUGCCGACACGUCGUGCUCAUCACCGAGAACAAGGCCCUCCAGGGCGUCGCCAAGGGACAGAACCUGUUGUGCAUGUCGAUGGAGGACCUGAAGGGGUUCUUCGCGGACCAGGCCAAGCUGCGCACUCAGCCCCGGGCCUUCAAGCCCACUCCCGAGAUUGCGGCGCCCGGCUCCGCGACUGCUCCCGGGCCAGGACCCGCUCCUCCUCCGCAGUCGGGCUAUCCCGGACCCAGCAGGGUGCCGGGUAUACUGCCUCUGCCGGCCACCCCGAUGGAGGGCUGUUGGGCGAAGGGCUCGCACGUCUGGGCCUCCACCAUCGACGGGCCGGCCGCGAAGAAGAGGCCGCACAGGAGGACCACAAAGGCCACCCCCGACAAUCGAAAGAACGAAAACGACGAAGAAGAAGAAGAAAAGAGAGGAGACGAAGAGGAAGAGGGGAAGGUGCGGGGAGAAGAGGAAGAGGGGCAGCGGAUGCGGGCAGAAUCCAUCAUCCGUUGCGGCUUGGUGCCGGCCAUCACGUUUUUCGUUACUACGCUCCGGUAA